AUGCGGAAGCAUCAACGCACAAGGAAGCACCGCCGCGCUCUGCGCAGACAGAGGACAGCCGAGGCGGCGCUCAAAGCUAACCGCCGGAUUGACGACAACAAGAAGGUGAAAGACGUCGAGAAGGAGCGCCUGCUCGCGCUAUUUGAGACGGCACUCUUCAUCGCUAAGUCCGACGCCCCGAUCGAGAUGUACGUCGACCUCGUCCAACAUCUAGCGCAGCGUGGCACACCGGGCUUCCCAAAGAGCAGUUAUGGUGCCUACUAUACGACGGAAGCGCUUGCUGCAAAGGAGGCGGCUAAGGCACUACCCGAGCUUGGCAUAAUCGACGCGGUUAUCCGCGCAGUGGCGGAAGAUCUCGGCAGAUCCAGCAACUCCAACCGCAAGUUCAAGGAGCUGCAGGAAGUGUUCACGCAUACCAACCUCGAGGUCCAGGGGAUCCACAGCGUCCGCUGGUUGAGUCGCGGCGAUGCAAUCGCACGAUCCGUACGCGUUCUGCCUGCUGUCAUCGUUAUGCUCGAGGAGUCGGACAAGACGAUGUACCACUUAGUAACGUCGUUCAAGUUUCAUUACUUCCUGUUCUUCUUGGCAGAUGUGCACACGGCACUCAACGCGCUCAACUUGCUAUUCCAGAAGCGACAGGUCGACCUCACUGCAGUGCACUCCCAGGUGAGGCGGACCAUCAUCUACAUGGAGCAGAGGUACCUGAACUGUGGCCAGCAGUUUGGCGGUGGGACCAGUGAGCUGCUGUCUGCUUUCCUUGCGCGGCACGCCUCGCCCGACUGCCGUGAAAUGACUGUGGAAGGGGUGGACAAGGAGGGUCAGCCCCGUGUACACAAGUUCCAGCUGCACGAGGAGGCAGUCAAGGGAUACACCACCAGCAGCGGGGACAUGCAAGGCUGCUACACCUGCUGCCGCUCAUUCGCCCGCGAGCUGGUGUACAACCUCGAGCUGCGCUUGGGAGACCUGACGCGCUUGAACGGGGCGAAGCUCUUCAUGCCCCGCUCUUAG